AUGCAGACACUUCCGGUGUACCCAGCGUCACAGACUGCGUCGCCUACGAAGCGUGAACUUGCAGCGGCGCCCUCGGUGCCGCAGGACGGCGCCCGGCUGCCUGCGCAGCUCACUUUAGUGACGCCCCCAGAACCUGAUAUCCAGAAGAAGUCAGUGCGAUCUCAGGUCGCGCGUUUAAGCAUCUCGGAGACAGAUGUAGUGAAGAGUGAUAUCGUGGCUAAGCUUUCCGGGACGUGCGCGGUAGAGUGGCGCGAUACUCCUGCAGCUACUGGGGAUACGGCCAGCGUUCCGGGAUCUAAGCGGCGCAGGAGGAGAUCCAGCGCUGUUACCGUGCAACAGCCGUUCGGCAAGUUGAAGCAGGGCAACAUGAGUACCUCUUCCCUUCCUAUUCCAAAUAAAAAAAAGAAAUCCGUGAAGCCUGCUUCUUUCAAAUUAAAUGAAAAGGCAACCCAAAAACCACUCUCGAUUAAAGAUAUACGAGAUUUGGUCCAGUACAUAUUCCACGAUACGAACAACUCUCCCAACUGGAUUACGAUAGAAAAUAGGGCCUCUUUGAAGAAGGUGGUCGUCCUAUUCACUCCAGGCCUUUUACCCGAGGACUUCAGUCUACCGAAGGAUUCAUUGUUUCAUAAAAAUAUUCCGAAAUUGCAAGACGCACAUCUAAACUCGAUUAGUGAAAAUGAACAGAUGUGCAAGCAAAUGUGUAUCUUGCCGUUAUCAGCGCCGGGAUCAAAGAAUUCCCUAUUUUCUGCAUACAAUUCUUUUGUCAAUGUAGGCUUGUCAAAAAAGGAGAAGAUCGCAAAGGUGGAACAAUUGAACAAAAAGGAAAUCACUUUGCUUGAUUUGCUAAUGACCGUUGAUGACUUAUUGCAUAAUGAGUACCCCAUCCAUCUAAACACACCUGGCUUAUCGGAGGAGUACCAAAAGGCUUUGUUGCUAAAGUAUCAGAAUAAGGAGAAGUACAGUGGGUGGGUGGACACUGUCAGUUUCCAACACGACGGUUCUCACACGUUUGCCAUCGACUGUGAGAUGUGCCUUUCAAAAAACGGAUACGUGUUGACGCGUGUGAGCGUCGUCGAUUUUGAUUGUAACUUAGUUUAUGACAAGUUUGUCAAGCCAGAUGAGCCCAUUGUGGACUACUUAACGAAGUACAGCGGUAUUACAGAGGAGAAGUUGGUCGGGGUGACCACGACUUUGCAAGACGUCCAACAGGAUCUCUUGCGGAUGAUAAGCGCAACAGAUGUGCUUAUCGGCCAUUCAUUGCAGGCCGACUUGAACGUCUUGAAAAUGCGGCAUCCCCUCGUCAUUGAUACUUCUAUAAUAUAUGAGCACAAGGCAGGACCUCCGUUCAAACCAGCUUUACGGUAUUUAGCUGAUGAAUACUUACAAAAGCAGAUCCAAACAGAUGAUGGCAAUGGGCAUGACUCCUAUGAAGACGCCAUGACCUGCAUGGAGCUAACCAAAUUGAAAAUAGUCAACGGGCUGACCUUUGGCAUUGGAAUCAAUACCGAGAACCUCUUCCACAGGCUAACGAGGCAAGGCGUCAAGUCAAUGACCCUAAGCGACUCUGUGCUUCGCCAAGCGCCGCAGCCGAAGUCCCCCGCGGGCUUGGAGACGUCUUUGAAAUGCGACAACGACGAGGAGAUCGUACAGCGGAUUCUUGCAAACAUCGAAGAAGGUAACCUUUUUGUCGCCAGAAUGCGCGAGCUAGAGUACGCCCGCCAGUUCGUCAAGUGCAAGGCAGAAGACGCAGCGGCCAAGUAUGCAGACGAAGCAGUCCAAAACUUAGGGAACAGAUUACAGCGCCUCUAUGCGGCCUGUCCUGCCUCUACCAUGCUCAUCGUCUGCUCCGGCAACGGUGACCCCAGGGACUGGCUGAAGCUCAUGGAGGAGUUCAACGAACUGAACAAAGAGGAGAAGGCCUCGGCCAGAAAGGAGCGUGAGAGCGAAAUCCAGGCUGCUGUAACCAAGGCCAGAGAUGCCGUCGCAUUGGUCAUGAUCAAGCAGUAG